AUGAAACUUACGGCUACAUCCAAAAUCCAAGACGAGCUUUUGCAUAAGCUGGUUGACCCAGAAGCUGGUAUCUUGAAGCCUGGCGCCAUGCCAAAGAUGCAGACUGCUACCAGUGCCGGGUGCUCCAAGCUGUUGGGUGCAAUGUCUACCAACAGCAAGGCCCCAGAGUGCAUGCGGAUUGGGAAACUUUCGCCCAAAGUGGACCAACACAUCUUGCGCCACGGCAUGCCCGAGCAGGAGAAGAUUGAAGCGCGGCUGAAAGACUUCUUGAAAGUGUCUGGUCAAGUCAGGACUGGUGCUAUCAGCAUUAAAGAGCUUGACUUUGCCCAAGAUCUCGCCAAAAAGAUGCUGGGCCACGCUAGUUCCAUGGAGGCUGUUCACCACGAGGUUGCCAAAUUGGCAAAGGUCAAGUCGCCCGAGCGAGCCUUGAAAGAAGGUGAGCCACGCAUGGAAGAACUCGAAAAGAAGAGUGCCAAGCUCCAGGCCACCUCAGACCGGCAAUCCAUCCAAUGUCCAGUUCCUUCUUUGGAUGUCCAUGCAGUCAUGUCUUAG